GUUUCGUUUAUGAGAAAUGAAGUGACAGUACAUAUUGCACAGUUGAACAGUUUUCAGUCAUACACCUUGAGAGAAAGAGGAGACGACACAAAUGCGAAAUGGACAGGACUUACUGGAUCUCGGUAUAUCUAAUACUAGGGCAUGGUAUUUGUGUUGGCUCUUCUCCCCACUCGUCGGUGAUCUACACCUCCUCAAAAGUGGGUCUCCCAGCUGUCCUGCCGUGCACUGUGACAUCGCGCCUGGAGUCCUCUUACACACCUCACAUUCAAUGGCAGACCAUUCAUGAUUCAGUGUUUGAGCGAAUGGGAGAGAAGCUGUUUCAGGGGGAGGAUUAUAAGGGCCGUGUGGAUAUCCCAGAGGAGAUGCUUGUGAGGGGAAACUGCUCUCUGUUCCUGCAGGAUGUCCAGUUCAGUGAUGCAGGCAUUUACGAGAGUUACCUGGUGGUCGAUGAAUCAAGUAUCAAGAGUCGAAUUUUUAUUCAGAGUGUCCAACUUGCAGUUAUUGAUCACAAGAGCAUCAAGUCUGUGGAAACUGGGGGAGAGCUGAUCCUGGACCUGUUCACACAUCAAGCCAAACAAGUAAUUUUUCAGAACAGUAAUGACACCAGUUGGACAGUCCUGUGGAAAAGAGGCAAAGUCACAAACAGGAAACAUCAUCUGACAGAGAGAGAUGACAGGUUGCUCCUCAGGAGGGUUACGGCCAGCAGUGCCGGCACAUAUAAAGUUUUAGACUCACAGGGAUUGGCCCUCAGCACAGUGAAGGUCUCAGUCAGAGAACCGAUGCCAUCUAGAGAAGGAAGUUUCCAGAAAAAUCAUAGUCCAUUAGGUGAAGCUACAAUGAAUAUGCCUCCCCUAAUGCUCAUGAUUUUUUUCCUCACUUUUCAUUCAGUGCUUCUAUUAAUUUGAGAGAAAAAUUGGUGUUAGCAAUUCUUCUGCUUUUAACAUUCGUAGUAUGUUAUCUGUUGUGUGAAUAACUGUAGUCUAUAGUACAUGUACUGUAAAUACCUAACACUUGUGUGUUCAAACCACCUUUACUGCACACAAAAUUGUUAAAAUAAUGUAAAAUAAAUAAAUAACAUAUAAUGAAUAUAUAACCAAUAAAUACAAUAAAUAAGAAUG